AUGUUUUUCCAACACAAACGAUCGUUUAAACUUUCGAGCAACGCCAAUAAUCCAGGUAUAUAUACUCAAAUGGCAACACUUUUGGUUUGCACUGGUGCUACAAUCACAUUUGAGGCAUUGGUAAAACAAGUCUUGAAACCGGACUUUGUUAAUCUUUUGAUUAAACUGGGUGUCACGAAAUUGGUUGUACAAUAUGGCAAUGAAAUACGAAACAACACGCACAUAAGCCAGCAGUUGUUCCAAAAAACGAUUUUGGAAAACGGUCUUGUCUCCAUGCUCAAUUCUGAGCUAGAAGAAGGUACAAAUGGUAUGGUGAGCAGCUUUUCGCGGAACGGCUUCGAAUUAGUUUGUUUCCCAUUUUCUCCAAAUAUUAAUGAUUACAUUGACCAAGCAGAUGUGAUAAUUUCACAUGCAGGAACUGGAUCUAUAAUUGAUUCGCUAUAUAGAAACAAAAAAUUGAUAGUUGUUGUGAAUGAAAGUUUGAUGGAUAACCAUCAAGAAGAAAUUGCAAGGGAAUUUGUCAAUAGUAAUUACUGUCUUCGGUUUCGUUACAGAGACUUGCUUAGUGAGGCCUUUAGCACAAUUUUGCAUGACCUUUUGAAUAAUAACAUCACUUUACAAAAGUUUCCAAAGAAAGAUGGUCGAGUCUUGGAGACAAUCAUUUCUGAAGAGCUCAAAGGCAAAUGA